UCAACAACCGAGCUUGUGCUGCCAGUGCGACAGAGAUAGAGAAUACUAGAGCCAGUGUAAGCGAGAUAGCGAAAAGCGCUAGGAAAAAUGCGAACGUUCAAAUCUAAAGCCAAAAAAAAAAAAACGGCAGAUCGGAAAUGAAGUAAAAACGUGAAUACAAACAGAGAGUGUCUUAUCAGAAACAACAUAAAUAACAGAAUUCUGGAAUUGCUUGUAAAAAAAAGUCGGAAAAAAAACUAGAAAAAUCUGUUGUUUCCUUAUCGCAAAGAUCAUAAAACCGAAAGUCGGAAAACAACAACGAACGCACAGCAGCAGCAGCAACAUCGAAAAAAAAUUCAGCAGCAAAAUGCGACGUCACAGAGUGUGAUUCAGCCUCUUCCUCAUCCCUCUCCCUUUUGCACCCCUCCCACUCUCUUACCUGCUAAUUUUUCUCUUCUCUUUAUUUUGUUUCGUAUUCGCUCUAAUUACAACUCAGAUCAUCUAGAGAAACCCUCCUCUCUCCUCCCCUUACUCCCGCCUUAUCUCUAGUAAAUCCAACCGAUCCGAACGGGAUUCGUCUUCGUUUCUUAUCAGUUGUGUUUCGUGUGUGUGCAGUGAAAGAAAUUAAUGAGUGACUUUUGUGAUUUAAAGAGUGUUCCCCGCUCUCCGUUCUCCGCUCUCCUCUCUCCAAUGGCUGAUACUAACUCUCAUCAGAUAGAGGAGGCGGUAAGAGUUCUGCUCCCUGGACUGUUGGUCUUAUCUGAAUAAGAAUAAGCAACCGAUUUCGCGGCUGUAAUACGACACCGACAACCUGCAGACGCUCCGAGAUCGCCAAAAACGGAAACAAAAGGCGAGGAGAAAAUAUUUGCAUUGCCUCCAACAACUGCAACAGAGAGUGAGAGAGAGACAGAAGAAAGCCUGAAAAAACAGUUUUCCAGCUGGUGAAUCUCAAGCAGGGUUUACUGAACUGCCCCCGUGAAUUCCGAGGAGAGUAAUAACGCAGAUAUGGUGCGCCAAGUUUCACCCUGGAAGGUUCUCACCCGGCGUAAACAUCUCCAAGCCGAUGGCACUGAGGGAGAAACGAAAUUGAAUCGAGUGUUGGGUCUUUGGGAUCUCACGGCCCUGGGAGUGGGAUCGACCUUGGGGGCAGGGGUCUAUGUGCUGGCUGGACAGAUUGCCAAGGAUCAAGCGGGUCCCUCGGUAAUGAUAUCAUUUGCCAUUGCAGCUUUGGCCUCGCUUCUAGCGGGCGUUUGUUAUGCUGAAUUUGGAGCCAGAGUUCCCAAAGCGGGUUCCGCUUAUAUCUAUAGUUAUGUCUGCAUUGGUGAAUUUGUGGCCUUUGUCAUUGGAUGGAAUCUCAUAUUGGAAUAUAUAAUUGGAACAGCAAGUGUUUGUAGGGGCAUUAGUUUGUAUCUGGAUUCCCUUUUGAAUGAUACCCUAAAAACCACAUUUGCGGAAGUGGCACCCAUGAAUGUCAGCUUUUUGGGGAGCUACUUUGAUUUUCUCGCCUUUGGAUUAGUUGUUGUUUUUGGAGUGGCCUUGGCCUUUGGAGUGGAGACCUCUACAAUGGCUAAUAACUUUGUCACUUGUCUUAACAUCUUUAUACUGGGAUUUGUCAUAAUUGCUGGCGCCAUUAAGGCUGACUUCUCCAACUGGACAGUGGAACCGAGCAAUGUUACUGCCAAUUAUACCAUUGGUUCAGGUGGUUACUUUCCCUAUGGUUUCGAAGGAACUCUCCAGGGAGCUGCUACCUGCUUUUUUGGUUUCGUUGGCUUCGAUUGCAUUGCCACUACGGGGGAAGAGGUUCGAAAUCCUCGCAAGAAUAUACCCCAAUCUAUACUUCUGUCCCUGCUAAUCAUCUUUUUGUGCUAUUUUGGAGUGUCCACUGUGCUGACCUUGAUGUUGCCCUACUAUCUUCAAGAUGCCAAUGCACCAUUGCCAUAUGCCUUCGAAUAUGUGGGUUGGCCAGUGGCCAUGUGGAUUGUGACUAUUGGAGGAUUAGUGGGUCUGCUGGCCAGUCUAUUUGGAGCUCUCUUUCCCCUCCCCCGAGUGAUGUACUCCAUGGCCCAGGAUGGACUCUUGUUCCGGUUUCUGGGCAAAGUGAGUCCCAGAUUCCGAGUUCCGGUCACAGGAUCCAUUAUAGCAGCACUUUUCACGGCCGUGAUAGCAGGGCUCUUUGAUUUGGCCCAAUUAGUUAGUUUGCUUUCAAUUGGAACAUUGUUGGCCUACAGUGUGGUGGCUAUAUCCAUUAUGUUACUACGAUAUAUGGAUUAUUGUGAAAUGGAGGAAAGUUCGGGACAGAGGCAAGAAAGUCGAGCCUCGGAGACAACUUCGUUGACCUCCAGAAGUGAGCGAUUUACUUGCGGUUCGUUUUGCACACAACUCUUCAAUGUCCAUCGAUUAUCGGAACCAAAUGCUAUAUCCUACAGGAUUGUGGGAGUCUUGGCUACCAUAUUUUGUCUCCUUUCCCUGGGUCUGGGUGUUCUAAUAAUGCAGGCUCAUCCUUCAAUUGCCUCUCAGGAACCUUGGGCCCUAACUCUUCUUGUGGUAUUAAUCCUGCUCAUUGUCCUGGUUAUCCUGCUGAUUUGUCUGCAGCCCAGAGAAGCUCGUAGUCGCUUAUUCAGAGUACCCUUUGUUCCCAUUGUGCCUGCCAUUAGUAUCUUUAUCAAUAUUUAUUUAAUGCUUCAGCUGGAUAGUUGGACUUGGAUUCGUUUUGGAGUCUGGAUGAUUGUGGGCAUACCCAUAUUCCUUGCAUGCUGGUAUCUUUACGAUUGCAAGAAUCCCCAGAAGAGGAAUCCCGAGAGAUUGGCCUUUUACAAGGCGCUGAAGGGAUUGGAUGAUGACCUAAACAAGGAGCACAAUUGUUUGUCCAAAGAGAGUAUAUUGACUGUGGAAACUCAACUGAAGAAGAGUCCCAGCAGCAGUUUGGAUCAAAUCCAGAAUCUAAGUGAUGUUGGCGAGGAUUUGAUUGAAGUGAAGCAUGCCAAUGGGAAACUGUUUUAUGUGGAAGAUACCAAGAGUGAAAAUUCCACUGCAACUUUGGGAAAUGAAUCCCCAUCGCGGGAUGAUGAGCAAUCAGUUAUUGCCAUGCUGGACGAUGUCCUCGAUGCCGAGGACAUUCAACAAAGUCAACAGGAGCUGGAACAGCAACUCAUAUUUGAGCGUCAUUUCAGUCUGGACUCGGAGAUGUAUCCAAGUGUUAUUGAAACAGUAAUUGUGGCCACCGUUCACAGCAGCAGCAGCGAUGAUGAUGAGACUCAGGAUGGGAUUUCCCUGGGCAGGAAUAGAAGAUACGAGGAGUGCAAAUUGGUGGCCCAGCAAAUGCUUGAGGAGCUCUUCAAUAGCGAGGCUUUCUAUGAGCAGCUUGAAAGGGUUAAAGCAGGAGGGGAUCAAUUAAAUGAGAAUUUUCCACAGUCUCCAGAACCACAACCCCUAAUGCAGCUUAGACCUACCCUGCAACGUAUGCCCUCUCAGACAUCCCUAAAAUCGCAGGCCUCUGAAAUUGAGGAUCCCCUGCAUUCGGCCAAGUUUAAAGACCGCCUAAGUCACAUCAUUAUGAAUGGCAAUGUCCACAAGAUGAAGGGGCCGGUAAAGAGGAACAACGAGGAGUAUGGAGAGGAAAAUCUGGAGCAGGACGACUAUGAUGAUGAUGAUGAGCCAAAGGCAAGGCCGCAGCUAAAGCAAUCGAAAAGCGAAACCGAUGUGCGUCGCUUAAUGCUGAAGGCCAUCAGCGAACUGAAAAUCGACCAUAAUGAGGCUGGUAAUGUUGAUGAGGUCCUCACUGAAAGCCCCUUCAAAUCCCCAGUACCACCUGCUCCAGUUGCUCCAGUUGCAGGUUCAGGUACAGGUGCAGGUGCUGUUGCAAUUGCGAGUGCCGGCAACAUACCGCGUCCACCGAAAUUCGAUCCGGUGCUGUACAAGACCAUCAACAGCAUUAGUUUGCGCAAACAGCGACCCAGUUUGAGUCAGCAUCAGCAGCAGCAACAUAUCGUGGAUGCCAAGAACCCGGCAAUGGUGCCACCGGAAUCGCGGCUGGAGACGGAGACGGUAACGAGUCCGGAUCCUGGCCAGCAACCGGACUCGGAGCCAUUGCCAUUCAAAGCGAAAUUGGAGGCCAUAUUGCAGCGUGGUCCCUCGCACCGAACUCAACAACAUCCGGACUUGGUGCGUCGCCAUCGUCCGCAGUCCACCUACCUGGAGGUGGAGCAGGUGGAAAGCUGAGGGGCGUGUGUGUUCUCCUGGUGAAACCAAAGAGGGUACCAUUUUCCUACCACCUCCCCCGCAGCCCACCAGUUAAAAGUAGUAGUCGAGUCGUGCUGCAUGCGAAUCGGAAUGCAAAUGCAGCUUGUUUUGUACAUAUCCAGCAUAGCUGUAGUUACUAGUAGUAGUCACUAGUUAGUUAAGUAAGGAAUGCAAGCAAUUUUUAGUUGAUAAGAAAAACAGGUGGAUUGUGAGAGGGGGGAGUUUAGGAAAAGAAUAGGAUAUCUCUAGAUAGUUUGAUGGGGGGAAAGAAAGAGCAUUUAAUUCUGUACGAAAAUGUUUAGCCAACAAGAAAAUGCUUAAACCUAAAGUUGGGAGAGAAAAAUUGCUGAUCUAUAUAUAAACAUAUAGUUUCUUAAUAUAAAUAUUAUAUAACAAGCAACUUCUUUAAAAGUAAUUAAAUUCGUAGACUAGAAAAUGUAACAUAAAUCACUUGUAAAUCUGUUUUUCAACCCUAAAACUUUAAAGCCAUAAAUUUAAGAAAACUAAAUCUAUAAUCUUUGCUAAGGAUUAUAGAAGAGUUUAUAAAAUUCAGAUAAUUUGAAGAGUAUAAUUAAAUAUAAAACUAAUUCCUAUUAAUCUAUAACCUUUCACAAUCCACCUCUAAUUAAUAUGCAUGCUUAGCUAACUCAAAGCUAGUCGAAAAAGUAUUUAAUAAAACGGUAUUAUAGUCAUCAAAACUAAAGCUUAAGAUAUAUCUAAAAACACAAACUAAUUG